GAACAUCAAAGGAUUCGCCAUCCAGGGUGGGGACCCAACGAACACAGGAAAAGGCGGCGAAAGCAUCUUUGGGAAAUACUUCGAAGACGAAUUUCAAUCGACGUUGAAGCACGACAAACGUGGAAUUGUCUCCAUGGCCAACAAAGGCAAACCCAACACGAACGGGUCGCAGUUCUUCAUAACCUACUCCAGGCAGCCGCACCUAAAUGGAGUUUACCCGGUCUUUGGAAAGUAA